AUGCUUCGUUUACUCCGACAUUCCCUUCUUGGCCUCUCCUCCUCUGCUGUAUUGUGUGGUCGACACCACCAGAGUGGAAUGCACUCGCAGUCCACAGCAGCGGCGGCGGCGGCGGGAAACAUGCGGGAGCAGCAGGCGGCGGCGGCGGAGGCGGUCUCCGCGGAGAAGGUGUGGGCCCUCUGGAAUGAGGGCAAUCUCUUCUCCCUCUCACUCGCGCAGCUGCAGGGAUUUCUCGCCCGCGCCGGCGUGAGAACAGAACCAUCGGCAAAGAAAGCGGCCGUUGUGCGGCAGGUGGAGGAGUAUCUGCACUCCAAAGAUAUCGCCGUGAAGAAUGGAGGUCAAUCCACACAAAACCAACAACAACAACAUCAAGGAGGAGGAGGAGGAGGGUAUGGACGCUGGAAUCAAUCUACAGUUAUGCAGCCAGAGACACUCUUGGAUCUCGCCCAAGCGGGUUUUUAUGAAGGAUCUGCGAAUAUGGCACCAAAGGCAUUUCAAUUACUUGUUAGCAAUACAGCUGCAGAUGUUGUGGUAUCUCGUGUGAACACCACUGCUUUUCCAGGUUUUCCUGCUAAUACGGAAUGUUACACUUUAAGUGCAUCUGAAAAAGAUGUUGCUAUCCGUUCCAGGUAUAGUAAAGUACUUCAAUGGUGUUGUUUAAAUAUGAGUAAUCUACAAAUGGAUGGAGAACUUUUUGUAGAUUUUGGAAAAUUAUUAUUGCAACCAUCAGUUAUGCGAAAGAAUCGUCGUAUCGUUUCAUCCUUUACACUUCAGCAACGAAUGCAGGUGAGUCAUCCCUAUACAUGGGUCUCUGCAUUACCAGAAUCUUCUGUUCAUACUAUUCAAGAAGAAUUAUUAAAACCAGAGGGAUUUAUGCCUCUUGGAAAAGGUGGACAAAUUACAUACAGUGGAACUAUAAAACGUGCAAAAGAUCAAGUAAACCUUGAAUUUGAUAAUAAAGGUAAAGUUCUCUCUGUCAAUAGCGCUUGGGUUAAUGUACAAACCGCAUGGUGUACACGUGCAAGAGGCCCGGAUGUUCGUUUGCUACUCCGCUCACGGCCCCCCAUUCGACGACAAGAAGUUGAGAUGUAUGCAUCUAUGCCUAUUAUUCAACUUUCUGAGGAUGAUGUGGCGGAUGUGUUGCCGGCUGAACAUGGACAACUGGUGUAUCUCUCAGAAGAUGAAACACGUCUCUUUGAGAAAGUCACAGAGAAGGGUGUAAAGUUUACAGUGAAGGAAGUGAAGCGACAACCACUCAUUGUACUUCGCGAUGAUGAAGAGGAUCCACGUUUGGAGUACAGUCUCUCUGUGGCAAUACCAGCGAAUGCAGGGAAGGCAACAGAUGUACGUGCUGUAGGAUUAGCGGCCUUUGAGUUGGCAGGCAAACUCGCUGGACUGGUGACAGAAGAUUAUGUGAAGGAGUACGGUUGUGAGGCGGCAUUGUAA